AUGGAUGGUUCGGUUAGAGAAAAAGUCGAGUUCUUUGUCCGGGAAAAGAUGCAGCAUAAUGAUCCAUCCCACGAUUGGUUGCAUGUUGAGCGCGUCAGGAGCAGAGCUCUUGCGCUUGCCAACAGACUAAAUGGGAUACUGCUUGCGGGCAAUUGGAGGGCAGAUCAAAUUUUAUCUCCCAAUUAUUUGGCUUUGCUCCCCGUAGUUGGUGAGGGAGGAUUCCCUGUAAACAUUAACUUGACCAUAGUUGAGCUUUCAGCUCUUCUUCAUGACGUAGCUGACCCAAAGUACUAUUCUGGUUCCUUGGAUCAAUCGCAAUCCAUGAUCAGGGACGUCCUUUCACCCCAAGUUUGUAUGGAGGAGCAGGAAAAAAUUCUCUUCAUCAUUAACGGCAUUUCAUUUAGGAAAGAGUUGGAAAGUCCCAACACGUUUUCUGAUCUGCUAAAUUUACAUGAUCUUCCGUUGGCCCUUGCCUUUGCAUGCGUGCAGGAUGCAGAUCGUCUAGAUGCAUUGGGCGCAAUUGGAAUUGCUCGUUGCUUUGCAUAUGGAUCCAUUUUUGGAACGCCGUUUUACUCUUCUGAGCAGCCAAAGGAGUUGAUCACCUUUGAGGAAUACGUGGGAAAAGACACAAACAGCUCGUCCAUCAACCACUUUCACGAAAAGCUGCUAAAGCUACACAGCUUGGUCAAAACAGCCCCCGGCUUUGUUGCUGCAAAAGAGCGAACAGAAACGAUGAAGUUUUUCGUGCAAAAAUUUUCCUCCGAAAUCUCAAGCAAUGAGUAA